GUGCAUGCUAACUGCUAACAUAACCACAAAUAUUUUUACCUUUUCGAUUUGGUACUGUGUUCAGUAGGGAAUGUUGAGUCUAUAUAAGUUGAAAGUGGUUUUAUGUAAAAUUAGUAACUCUUCACAUUUGAACAACACCGGAAAACCUUGAUCAACGAUGUCUACAUCAUUAGCUGCUCAGCUUCAGAAGCUGGCCACCCCAGCCACUGACGUCUUAAUUAAUGACAAGAAACGAUCGACGCUUUUGUUUGAUCCUAAAGAGGCUGCAUCGAUCAGCAGCGAAGUAAUCUAUGAAAUUGGAUUAGAAGGGUUACAUCAGCUAAUAGCAAGGAAUGAGAAUUUCAAACCAUUCUUGCAAACGCUUUUUCACAAUUCGUCAAAGCAUUUUGAUAGAUACGUGCAUUCUAAGGAGGACAAUAAGAAGCUAAACAAGAAAAUAAGGAAGUUUCUGGUUUUGGUCGCUCCCUAUAUACUGCUAAAUCCAGCACAGAAGGCUUUGGAGUGGCUGUUUAACCGCUACCGUAUCAAUGAGAAUAACAAGACCGAUCUGCUAUUGGCAGUAUUGCCACAUUACAAUUCAAAGAUUUUCUGUAGGAUUAUACAAACCUGCCGAUUUCAAAAUGUCAGUGACCCGUUUUAUUUCUUGAAAACCGUACAUAAGUCUAACAUGACUGUACCGACAUCCAAUUUAUUUCAUCAAGCAUUAUCAAACUUCCAACUUGUAAAGUUGAUGAUCAAAUUUUUGACCCAACUGCUAAAGACUCAUCAAAGCAAUGUUUUGACGAUGUAUUUUAACUUCUACUCAACGGUAUUUUGUGGAGCUAUCGAAUUUUCCCCGGAAAUUCAGGAACCUUUCAUCACAGAGCUGCUCCCGUUUAUUACAAAAGGGAUAAAAUCAUCCAUACCUGAUUUUGCAUCUGCUGCAUUGGUUAUUACUGCCAGGCUGUUAUCCAAAUGCUCUGUAACAGAGAAAUUGUUAAGUAGAUUUGUGAACACUCUUUCAGAAUUAAAGUGCCCAUCUUUAAAAUUGGAAAACACUUUAUCGCUGGUAUUGAUAUACCAGCUGCAGCCGCAAUUUGAAGUUUUAAGUUCUGACGCGCUAGCUAACUUUGCCAAAACGAAUUGGCUGGUGGAAUGCCUAUCUUAUCUGCACUCCAAUGGAAAUUAUGUGUAUCCAUUCCUUAGGGUUCUUCUGCGAAAUGCUCUAAAUUAUGAAGGGGAGGAAUAUCAAGCUGAAAUUCAGGAAAUGAUUUUGGAAAUUGUGAAGCAAUUAGAAUUUGAUGGCAGUUUUAUUUCUGAUGUGCUAGGUUUGGUACUCAACAAAGUCGACAGUGAAGAUCUAGCGAAGAAUUGCCCCACUAGCUGGUUGCAGGACAUUAUCAAGCAACUCCAACUAAAAUAUAAGGUACAGUUCGAUGAGGCUUUGAAGGAUAUUCCAGAGAGUAAGAGAAAUAUUGUACUGUCGCUUCUUGAAGAAGUAAAUGAAGCAAUUUCUACCAAGCCAAAACAGUAUUCUGUUAAACGAGACAAAGAAACACUAAGAGAUAUAUCUAAGCGAAUUGACAUACUGCCAGUGAGGGAUCUGUAUUUGCUCAUUCGUGAAAUAUCGCAAGAGCUGAACAGAUAUAAUCUCCGAACAGUUACAAAGGGGAUAUUGCAAUGCCUGGAUUCAAUACUUUCUAAAACGUUUGAUUCCGGACAAAACUGGUGUUCGUUAGACGCAAUUCAGUAUUCAGAUUUCUUUACCGAGUUGAUUAAUUUGAGUUUCAGUGAUGCAAAGUUUAAAAGUAUAUUUGAGGUAUUUUUAGCGAAAAUCUCCACAGAUGGAAACAUAGCCUUGAACAUUUGCAUCGCUGGCUGUUUUGAACCUGUCACAAUUUGUAAAAUUUUACGUUAUGUACUGCGAGACAAGCCAGAAACUUGUCUUAAUGGCAUUUAUGUGUUAAUCAUGCUCUCCAACAGAGACCCAACUAUACGAAAAUUGGUGUUCGAUAUAAUUGAACAAUUCGAUACAACGCAUAAAUGGCUGCUUCAGCAACUCUCGAACCAGCAAGAACGAAUACUGGCUGAUAAUGCGCAAGUUGGUUUAUUGUUAACAGACAUUUUAGCUCACAGAACGAGUAGUUCAAACAAAGCAGCAGUUAAUUUGAAUCAAUUAAUGGAAACAAUUUGUAGUAAUGAUACCCCUAUGUAUGUCAAGUGGGGAAUUUUAAAUUGUCUAUCCGAAGUAAAGAAGUUCGAUAUUGUCCAAACGCUUUGUGAACACUUCGUGAAGCUGUUUGAGAACAAGACACUCGAUCAGUGCGACUUAAAAAUACUGACAAAUAUUGUUAGGCGACUAGAUUCGAACGUUAUGGCCCAAAUGUCUCAGAAUUCUCCAAUUUGGCAUUUUGUAGUUUUUGUUCUGAAUCAAAAACGUAUUGUCAUUAUUGACGAAGAAAAAAUAUAUUUGCCAAAUUGUAUGCUGAACCAACUCUCACGAGACGUCUCCGCGGUACUUCCAGAAGAUGUAUUAGAAAACCUGUUGGACUUGGUAUGUGAACAAGUGGCCUUAUGCGAAGAACCGGAAUUUAUUUCACUAUCCAGUAAGCUGUUUAAGCAUCUGGACUUAAAUGCGAAAAUUAUAUCCAAAAUCUUAGUGCAAAUGACUUCAAUUAAUAGUUCAAAAGGAAGAAACAGGCGAGGACUUGUUACGCCUACAGUUGAUAUUCUAGACUCGGUGGCAUGGAAGAAAGGAGUAAGCUUACUGGAGUUUAUACAGAGCAAGAAAAAGAUAAAGAACCCUCAGGUUCUUUUACCGAUUUUAUUUGAUGUACUCAAAAAGUGUCUGGACUUUGAGGAGCAAGCUGUAGUGGAGUAUCCAAAGCAACUAACGCUUGCCCUAGUACUACUAAUUUGCAGCAAUGUAGAUGAGAAUUAUGUGUCAGAAAGUGACUUCAAUAUAGAAUUAGUGAUCCAGUGUAUUCGAGCCUCUCAGAAUCCACAAACACACUAUCAUGCCCUGUUAGUGCUGGCACAUGCAGCCAAAAUAGUACCUAAAGAUGUACUUCACCACGUUAUGGCAGUAUUCACUUUCAUGGGUACCACAUUGAUUCGGCAUGAUGACGCUUACAGUUUUGAAAUAAUUUCGAAAAUUGUGGAUACAAUCAUACCAAUUUUGGUUGAUGCAAAACAAGUGACAACCAUAUCUGAUGUUUUGAGAGUAUUUAUUGACGCUUUGUUGGACGUACCUGAGCACAGAAGGAUACCACUAUACACAAAGCUUCUCACCAACGUCAACGUGAAUGAGAACUUGUAUUUGUUCUUGUUAUUUGUGAUGGAAGCAGAUGUUCUCCAAGCGUCUAGAGAGAAAACUAAAAUUGAAAAGGGAGUAGCACCGCCACGAUCCAAAAUAGCUUUGCAAUUAUGCCAGGAAUUUUCUCCUGUUACCACGUUGCAAGCUUGUGUACAGCUUGCUCAAUACGUCAACGAUCUUCCAGACGAAAAGGACGACCUUCCGACCAGCGGUUCAAGUUCUCUUCCACCUAGCACCAAUUACACCAACAAACAAUUCCGCCACUACAAAUAUUUAAUUAUUACAUUCUUGUCCAGCUUGUUGUCAUCUCGGGAAUUUAUAGUCAAAAUUGCCACACUUUCCAAAUCCGAAAACGGUUCUAUCGAGUCAUUGUAUAAGGAGUUAAUCAUCAAGGUGCUGUCAUAUAUUCAAAGAAUCCAAAAAGUGUCCGAUAGCUCCGCAGAUAGUCCGCAGUCGCUCUACUGGAAAACCAUUUUGCAUCAUAGCUAUGAAUUAUUAGAUAGUAUCAACGACCUGCUAAGUCCACGGAUGUUUUUGUUAGUCAUCAAAGGACUUUUGGUCCAUAGUAUGGUCAAUGUGAAGAAAAGAGCGCUCGAAUUGUUGAACAACAAACUGCAAGGCAAUCUACUAAGCUUCAGUGAGCAAGACAAAAAAGAGCUUUGCAUUCUAAUUAAACCGAUAUCGCUUAUCGUUGAGAACGAAAGCCAAGAGACUUUGAUACAAACCGGUCUGCUAUCUUUGAAACUUAUCGUUAUAGUUUUGGCACCUGAAGAACCGGAAAAGUUUGUACCCGUUCUCGAAUUUGUAGCAAGCAUUUUAAAUUCCGGUAAAAUGGAAGGAAACGUUUUGGCUUCAGUUGUUCUAUGCUUGGCCGAAGUUUGUGCAGUUUUAAGGGCUCAUGGGUUAGCCGCAAUCGCUUCAUUUAUGCCCGCGUUUCUUCACAUUCUUAAGAAGCAAAAGUACCAGGAAACAUAUAGCUUGUUACUGUUGAGCGUCGUAACAGCGGUUAAUAAGUUUCUAGAGAGUUUUGCAGCAUUUCUAAGUCCCUACCUGCCAAAGCUUAUCUGCGAAAGUUCAAUUUUGUUAAGCAAGUGGGGCAGCUGCAUCGAGGACUCAAAAUGCCAACCCCUAAUAAUUCGACUGAACGGAAUUAAAAAGAAGCUCAGCACUACAAUACCUGCGAGAAUUUUGAUUUCUGUUAUAGAUGAAUGUUAUAAUACCUUACUAGCAAAACGAUACUAUAAUGCUUUGGUGGCUUUGAUGGAUAUAAUGGAGGAACAACUAGUCAGUUUUCAAUCGAUAGACGUUGCUCAGAACAUGUCCGAACUGACUGCGCUUUUCCUGAAAGCAUUAGAAUUUCGAUCCAACCAUAGUCCCUCACUGGAAGUGGCAAAUUUAAUCGAAAACCAAGUGAUCAAAACCUUGACGGUGUUCACUUUAAAGCUAUCCGAAAGCAGUUUCAGACCUUUCUACUUGAAGUUGUAUGAUUGGGCCCGGACAAAUCAUGAGCGCCUUAUCACUUUCUACCACAUUUCUGAAAGAAUCGGGCAGGCCCUAAAAGGAUUAUUUGUCUUGUUCGCCAGCAACAUUUUCAGCAACAUGUCCAAUAUUAUACACAAAAUCGACGAAUAUGCUUUUGACGACAUCAAGAAAACCGUCCUGUUGUUGGAGUUUGUGUUGAAAACUUUGAAAACUAUUUUCACUUACGAUAACAAAAAGACUCUUAACAGGGAUCGAUUCCAGCUCAUCAUGCAACCCUUGGUCGACCUACUCGAUAAAGAUAUUGACGGCAUUGACGCAUUGGUAAAACGAAACGAGCAGCUACUAACUCCCACUAUUGUCAGUUUUGCGCUGGCCUUAGCCGAUGAUGUAUUCUGGAAAGAAAUGAACUAUCAGGUUUUGUUGAAGAUGCGGAAUCCGAAACCCGAAUUGAGGCUUGUUGCUUUACAUUGCCUAGCGGAAGUUGUCGCAAAGUUGAAGGAAGACUUUAUGCCCCUGCUACCGGAAACUAUCCCGUUUUUAGCGGAAUUGUUGGAAGACGAAGAUGAAAGAGUGGAGAAAGCCUGUCAAAAAGCGAUUCGCGAAAUGGAAAAAAUGCUUGGUGAGCCUUUACAAAAGUACUUCUAAUUAGGAGUAGUGCAGAUUAUAUUAGACCAUUUGUUUAGUAAUUAAUACUAUUUUGUACUAAAUAUUAUAAACGUUCUAAUGCAAUAACUCAAAUGUAAUGUAAUGAUGUUUUUAAGGUUGCUAUACUCCAUUACUGUUAGUAUUAGUUUAAGCUAACGUGAUUUACAGUAUGAUAUACAGCGGCCGAAGUGCUUUCGCCGACUGAAAAUAUAUAUUACGUAUUUUAGCA